UCAAAAUCAUCAUUUAAAUGCAUCAGUUAUGAUGAUCGAAGAGAUAUUUACGGCUGCGACCCGUGUAGCACGAGCACAUCAUACAAAUCAACAUUAUAAUUCACAUCAUUCCGAAUCAGCUGUAUCACCUGUUACGUUAAGUUCCGAUUGGUCCCGUGUAGCUCGGUUACUAUUAUUAGCAACGUUAGCGGUAAUUGGUAGUGUGGGAAAUGUAUUUAUGAUUAGUGCUGUUAUGGUUGAGGAUCAUUUGAAAAAACGGGGGAAUACGUUUAUAGUAAACGUUGCAUUAGCCGAUUUACUAAUAACUGGAAUGGUAAUACCUGCAUCAACUGUGGCAAUCCUGGCCAGUCUGGAUGGUUCCCUGACAAUAUGUCGUUUCCAAUGGUAUCUGGCCGUACUAUGUUUUUUUGUCACCGUUCUAACAUUAACCACAACAGCAAUUGAAAAUUACGCACGACUAUGUUGCACAAGUGAAGAUUAUUACAAUAGUAUUCUAACUCCAACACGGAUUACCGUAUUACUACUAGUUUAUUGGGCCUUAUGUGGAAUUUUAUCUGGAUUACAAUUUGUAAUCGAUGUCGGUUUUGACUAUUGUACACGAAAAUCGACCGGGUUGCUACCAUAUCAAGCGACUCUAGCAAUAUUAAUAGUAUUUAUGCCGAUUUUUAUUACGUGUUUAUUCUAUAUUCGAAUUGGAUUUCGAAUACGUACAACAAAGGCACGUCCAAAUUAUAAGGCGUCGAUUAUCUAUCAGUGGGAUUAUGCGUUGACGAAAACCAAUAUGUAUAGUUUUAUAUUGUUUCUUCUAUUCUGGUUUCCGUUCGGGAUCGUUCUGGCUGUGGACGGCUGGUCUGCAAAGCGGACGGUAAACGAUUCUCUCUUCUAUAAUUUAGCAUGGUUUGCACUUAGUAAAUCGUGUAUCAACAAUUUUUUAUACUGCAUAACAAAUCAACAUUUUCGAAACGCUUAUGUAAAUUUAUUCCAUUAUUGUUGUUGUAAGACCACAGUGUCAUUUAAUCGACGAACGCGUGCAGAUGGUCCAGGACGAGGCCCAUCUGGAGAUGUUCGAGUGCAUAUUAUACCAGGAUAUAAUAUGUAUUCAUAUACAAGCCCACAACGAAGUGGAGGCAGAGAAUCUGGUGGAGGAGGACAUCAUGGUGGUGGCGGCGGGAAACGUGGAUGUGUAAGUUCAUGUCGUCCAUCGACAAGUCAUCGGCCAAAUGGACGUGAUGUUUAUGAAUUAUGA